ACAUGUUUACAUAUACACAUAUACACACAUGCACAUAUAGCACAAAUUAUACAUGUAUGCAUAUACAUAUGUACAUACCUACAUACACAUAUACAUAAAUGCAUGAAUGCAUGCAUUCUGGAUGUGCAAGUAAACACUAAAUUCAACAUAAAAUCAAAAUGAUGAACUUUAUAUGCGGUUUUAAUACAUGUGUCAUGUGUUGUUGCGGCUGAUUUAUUAGUGCAAAUUAUUCCAAAGGGACAAAAUGUUUGUCUACAUAAUCUUUCAUCUAAAAUUACUUAAUUUUUUCUUGGCUGAUGUCACUUAAAAAUGUUGACCAAAUAUCUCAAUGUGCCAAAUCCAGUCCUGCGACUCUUUCCACCUCCAGUCAUCAGACCUGUCUGUCAUUGAGAUCUGUAGUCAGAGAUGAUCUAGCUUCACGUCUCUACAGCGUUCUUGUUGGCUCGUAUGUCCGUAUGGAUUCACUCAUGGACAAUGGUUCUUCUUUUACUGACCCCUACAAACUCUUCUCCUGGCCCUGAUAUUACAUGUGCGAGUGUCCAUGCGCUGAUGUCCGGUCCUGAGGGAACGCCGGUCGUCUCCCAGAUGGAGGCUUUGUCUGCGGAAGUUGAUGAACUGAAGGAGCGUUUCUCCAGCCUAACCGGUCAACGGCAGCAGCUCCAGCAGGACCUGAGCACCCUUGAUCAAGCCAUGGAGCACGUGGAGAGCCGAACCCUGCAGGUCUCCAAUGACGUGACCUCCAAGGUGGCCUCCAUCCGUACAGAUGUGCGGCGUAUGGCUGGCCUGGAGACCGAAGUGGAGGCACUGCUCAAUCAGACAAACGCCCUGGAGGAGAAGGUGGCCCAGACCGAGAAGCUCAUGGUCAAGCGCAUUGGCGAUCUUCUAGCGGGUAGCAUCGACCGCGUCUCCGGUCUGAAGAGCUCUGCUGAGAGGAACGGCCAGAGACUGGAUCAGAUCAGCGCACUCGUUCACCAGCUCUCCGCGGACAACCGCAAGCUCGCCGAGCAAAUCCUGGCGCUGGAGAGCGGCCAAGCCAAGCUGCGCAAGAUGGUGACGUUUGCAGACGACCUGAAGCCCAAAGUAUUCACCAUCAGACAAGACUUCGCCAUCGUAGAGCCCAAACUAGCCGACCUGACUCUGAGAAUCGGCCAGCUGGCUGAAGACAUGAUGAGCAGAGAGGGAGAAGUGGCGGAGUUGAGGGAGCACUUCUCCAACCGUGACUCGAGUCAGACCGUGAGAGAUGAGACGACACAAGACACACUGGACCAGCUGACGCCUGAAUGAGGAGUGGACUCGCUCACCUCAAAAUCAACAUGAUCGGACAGUGUGUGCUUCCAACGGGAAAACACACGGCAUUAGUGUGCUUUUCAAGAGCUGCUACAUGAGAUCUGCUAAUUUAAGCAAGAUUUACAUGUAAAGCAUUGAUAUGCCCUUGCAGAAACACUGAACCGUGAAAUCUGCCAUGAUGAUUGUCAUGUAUCGACCAGUUGUGUGCAAUGAACUUCUGGAAUGAGGCGGCAAAGUCCUCACUGUUUUAUUUAACUGUGAAGUCAUGUUCCAGUUACACUGAUGUUGAGUUUUUCAGGUUAAAUAUGUACCUAGACUAUCAAGAAAACGACCAAAACAAUUCUAUUUUUACAGUAACAUUGAAAUAAUUACUUUAUUUAUUAAAACAAAGAAUAUUUCUCAAGUCGUCGUUAUCAUUUUUAUAUGUUUUACAUAACUAUAAGAACAUGGUAACCAAUGUCAUGUUUCAUGUAUAUGCUAUUUGUGAACUGAUGUUCAUUUGUAGUCAUCAAGGUCACAGACACGGAGAUGCGCCUUUAAUUUCACCUUAAUUUAACUGAUCGCUCAAUAAAAACACUCGCAGAUCAUGAUUUCAAGUAGUAAUAUGACAUGACAGUGGUGAGAUCAAGUGGGUGAGUUGUUUGUUUACUUUUAAUUAGUCCAUUCAGGCCAAUUUGCCAACUUUCAUGAAAAUAAGAGGCGGGACUUAUUGAAUGAACCGCCAAAUGGCCAAUCAUUCUCGGACUGGAUUUCUAGAACCCUAUUUUUUCGAAACACUUCAUUAUGCUGAUUGAUGUUGUAAACUAGUGUUUGUUUUCAUAUUUAUUUAAUUUAUUAAUGUACUGCUGUUUACUACACAGUCUGUCACACACCACCAAAUGUGAGGCACAGCUCAAUUAAAAGGUUUUGCACAUGCAUACAUACAAAUAUCUUACUUCUGCUUUGAAAAAAUGGUCAUUCUUCCCAAGGAAACUGAAUUUAAAACCAGAAUACAAGUCUUCAUAUAUUGAAACAAAUUAGGUUAAAUAUUUCAAAAGAGUUACUAAUGGUUAUGUUUAGGGGUUGGUUAGGAGAAUCUCAAACAAUUAAAUCAUUCCUGAAAAUUAAUAAUACAAAUACAGAAUGAAUCUGAUCUGAUCUGAUUUGUCCUCUCAGAAUUGUGAGAUAUAAAUUCGGAAUUACUUUUUUAUUCCAUGGCUUCCAAAGACUGAUACUGCAGAACUGUCAUUAUAUAUUGACAGGUGAACUUACGAAAAUGAGUCGUUUCAGAAGAGCAAAUGGAAUCUGUGGAGAAGUGUCCAAAGUUAGCUGAACAACCCCAAAACAUACCUGGGGCCAGAUUCAUGAAACAUUCUUAAAGGGAUGGUUCACCCAAAUAUGAAAAUUCUGUCAUCAUUUACUCCCCCUCAAGUUGUUCCAAUCCUGUCUACAUUUCUUUUGUUCUGCUGAACACAAAAGAUCUCGCCCGCCACUGGUGUAAUUCAUCACAUUAACACAUAAACGGUUCCUCAAAGUCUGACGACCAGAAAGUGUCCAAGACAUUCGCCUUUACUUUGAACAUAUCACUUGCUUCAUGUUUUGAAACCCAGCAAACUUCAAUCAAUCAAUAAAAAAAUUCUAUGAUUGAAAA